AUGUCACGAUAUGGCGACUGCAAGGUUUAUGUUGGAGAUUUAGGAAACAACGCUAGUAAACCUGAACUUGAAGAUGCAUUUUCUUAUUAUGGCCCUUUAAGGAAUGUUUGGGUUGCUAGGAAUCCACCAGGUUUCGCUUUUGUUGAAUUUGAGGAUCCUAGGGAUGCGGAAGAUGCAAUAAGAGGUUUAGAUGGACGAACAAUAUGUGGACGUCGUGCUCGUGUGGAAAUGUCAAACGGCGGUCGGGGCUACGGCGGCCGCGGACCUCCUCCGCGCUCGCGGCUACCACCGAGGCCCUACGACGACCGGUGUUAUGACUGUGGAGACCGGGGGCAUUACGCCAGAGACUGCACUCGACGCCGCCGUCGCAGGUUAUCAUUGGCCAGUGCGCCGAGAAUGAACUCUUCAGUGUCUGCACUCCUUAUAAUCUGCGCUACUCGUUCGAGGUCCCGUCGCCGCACUCGCUCCCGUUCUCCAAGGUCCGGGUCCCGGUCUCGAAGCCGUUCCCGCUCUCGUUCCCGGUCCAAAGGAAGAUCCAUGUCUCGUUCAAGAUCACGCUCCCCGUCUAAAGAUUCUAAGAAGUCCAAUUAA